CACUUCACCGAUGACAGUUCGCGAUGAGCGUUGUUUUGGCGGAAAAUAGACGGUAAACAAUCGGCCGUUCGUGUUUGCCGGUGUUGCAGCAUUAAAAUCAAACACGGUGCAUCGAACAUGGCUCAAUACAGGAACAAUGAAAGGAAAAAGGUGUACUCGGAUGAGUUGAACAGAUCGAUUGUGCGCUUGCUGGUGGAGAAUAUCGACACGUUCUGCAACGAGAUGGAGCGGUGGGAAAAAGUGGCCGAAGAUUUGCUGUUGGAGACCAAUGAGAACAUUCCGUGGAGUCAGCUGCGAAACCAUUACCGGCAGCAGAUAGUGUGCCACCUGAGGGAGUACCUGACGGACCAGCACACCAUUAACCUGCUGCAGUACCCGUUCCUAGAGACGGUGUACAAAUUCCGCGUCUUGUUCGAGUACACAGCGCUGGUGCAAAAAGAUCCGGCGAUCGUGGCACGCAACAAGCUGCUAGUAAAGUACGCGCUAGAUCCACGGUACGACGAGCAGGUGGUCAAAGUGUUCAAGCGCUACAGCAUGCCGGGAAUGCCGAAUCGAGUGUGGAUCAAUGUGAACGAUCCAGCGUACGAGUUGGCGGUUCGAUGGCAAACGUUUCUGCUCAAACUGCCGAACGUUCGAAAUCGUAUCACGGUCCGAAUGUGCAUCGGUUCGUGGAUCGCUAUGCUGCCAGAUUACUGCCAACAGUCGAAGGAGCAGCAACCAGCAUCACCAGAAGCCGGUGACGAUUCAUUAACGGAGGACCCAUCAGCGUCAUCGUCGGCCAUACUGCUGGAUGACGUUCGCGUGCGAAUAGAGGACUGUACCGCUCCGAUGCAAGCCACCUUCUCGGCGUCACAUCUGUUAAGCAUGGAAUCGACGCAGUUUAAUGCAGUGCUAGAGGAGAUGGAACGAAUUCACCACGAGGCCGAUCCAAUCGUCCAAGAGUUACGGGACGAUGAAAUCGUAAUGGAUGGUAACGCCGAACCGCCAGCGGCCCUUGAGCACCAACAAGCCCCGCCGUCGAAUGUGCGAUGCUACGUGCCCGAUAGCGUGUUUGAGUCGGACUCGGAAGACGAUGGAGCAGAUGAAGCAGAAGAUCCACACGAAAUGGCUGUUCAGCAGCAGCACCAGGAGGUUCCUUCAUCGAGCGUAGCUCCACGGACCCGAUGCUACGUGCCCGACAACGUGUUUGAGUCGGACUCGGAAGAAGAGGUAGCAGAUGAGGCCGAAGAGCGGCAAGAAGUGCCUAUUCAGCAGCAGCAGCAGCAGGAGGUACCUCCAUCGAACGUAGCUCCACGGACCCGAUGCUAUGUGCCCGAUAGCGUGUUUGAGUCGGACUCGGAAGAAGAUGUAGCAGAUGAGGACGAAGAGCGGCAUGAAAUGUCUGUUCAGCCACAGCAACAGCAGCAGCAACAGCAGCCGUCGCAAGCACCUCCAUCGAACGAGUUUCGCCACCACAUACCGGAUAGCGUGGAUUCCGAACAAGAGCCACAUGAAGAGCAGAAUGAAAUCCAGAGGUCUAGCACGUCCAGCGACACGGAUUCCGUUACAACUGUGAUAUUCAACUACGGGUCCACGAUUUGGAUUUCAGACAACUCAGGUGAUCAGCUGCAGCAGGCAGCUGAACUAGGACUAGCAGCAGACUUGCGGGACGUGGACGAUGGAAUGCUACCAGCCACAGCCACAGUCUUAUUCGAACCCGCGGAAGGAGACCUGCCGGCCAAUGUUCAAACCGUACCAUCUGUUGAGAAACCCCAACUCGACCCAGCCCGAGACACGCCGGAACCGUCCAUUCCACCUGUUGUACGGCAGCCAAAUCAUCUAGACAGGGAACACCUCUCUCACCUUGAUUUGGUGUUCGGUCCUCAUCUCCGAAGGAAACGUCACGUUUACGAUGCUCUGCGGGUUUGGGUGCCAUGUUUGUUUGCCAAAUCGAUGCCCUGCGAGGAAGCGCAAGUGUCGUUCGAUACCAAACUGUCGCUGCUACGGUUGCUUGCGACGGAUAUCAAUGUAAUUCUUAGCCCGACGGCUUCAAUCGCUACCGUGGCGCCAAUUAUGUGCCGCAUCUUGUAUGGUGUUUACGAUGGUUUGUAGAGCCUUUGUACUAUGCAAAUAUUAAAAUAAAGGAAUUCUCCUCUAACGUUAUUUGUAAAAA